AUGGCGGCAGACAUAGCCGUUGUCUCUUUCGAGCGCUUUCUCAAUGGCGACGAUAAUGACAGGAAGGCCGUCGCCCAAGAGAUCUAUGACGCUUUCUCAUCUGUCGGCUGGGUCUAUGUCAAGGACCACGGGAUUUCCCAGGCCCGUGUAGAUGAAAUCUUCCGGCUGGCCAAGACUUUCUUCGACCUGCCGCUCGAGGACAAGUUGAAAUGGAAGCUUACUGACGCCUCCGUCAACCAAGGGUACACGGCGGAUGGCGCCGAAGGGAACGGCGGCAUCGACCACAAAGAGUGCUACGAGCACCGCCGCUACCGGAACGACCUCUGCCCGGCCGAAGACGUACUUCCCGGCUUCAGGACAACGCUCGACGAAUUCUACGCGCAGUGCCUGACCCUUGGCAUGAACGUGCUGCGAUGUCUGGCCAUUGCGAUGAAGUUGGGAGAUGGCUUCUUUGACCGCAUCACCCUCCGAACUGACCCGCAGAUGCGCUUGCUCCACUACCCAGCCAUCGAACGCAAGAUCAUCGAGCAGGAGGGACACGCUCGUAUCUUCCCUCACACGGACUUUGGGCUGUGCACCCUGCUGUUCCAAGACAGCAUCGGCGGUCUGGAGGUUGACCCGUUUCAUACAGGGGACUUCAAGCCUGCGACGCCGCGCCCCGGGACGGUACUUAUCAACAUUGCCGAUUUACUGCAGCGCCUGACCAACGACCGAUGCAAGUCAACGCGACACAGGGUUGUGUCGCCAAAGACGGAGGGCGACAUGUUGCCGGCUCGGUUUUCCAUCCCGUUCUUUAUUCAUCCUGAUCCUGAGACGAUGAUUGACCCCGUCACGCUAUCGGCAGAUGAGGUCAAACACUACGAGCCGGUCAAUGCGGGGGAAUGGAGAAUAGCGCACACCAUGAAGGACUACAAGCUUGCAGAUGCCCCGAAGGAGGCGGUGGCUUCGGCUUGA